AUGGGAGAUAAAUUCCAAUUCUCUAUAGAUCGUGGGGGUACUUUCACUGAUAUAUACGCUAGAUGCCCUGGAGGGAAAAUCCGAGUUAUGAAAUUACUCUCGGUAGAUCCUAGUAAUUAUAACGAUGCGCCGACAGAAGGCAUCCGUAGAAUAUUAGCAGAGGAAACUGACGUUAAAAUGAAUGGCACAAUCGACACUUCGAAUAUAGAAUGGAUCAGAAUGGGAACAACAGUCGCCACUAAUGCGUUAUUGGAAAGAAAGGGCGCGAAAAUGGCGCUUUUAAUAAAUGAGGGUUUCAUGGAUCUUCUGUACAUCGGUAAUCAGUCCCGGCCAAAUAUUUUCGAUUUGGAGAUAGCGAUGCCGCAGGUUUUGUACAAAUAUGUAAUAGGAGUAAAAUGCAGGGUAAUUCCUGCUCUGCCGGGAAGUUGUCGUAUGGAAAAUCAGUCGUGGCGAAGGGUAAAAGGUUCCACCGGCGAGGAUCUGUUCGUUAUUCAAGAACUUGAUCAGGCACAAUUGAAGGAAGAUUUGAAAACACUUCGUAAUUUGGAAAUAGAUAGUCUCGCUGUCGUUCUGGCACAUAGCUAUACUUAUGCAGCUGACGAGAUCAGAAUUGGCGAAUUAGCGCGAGAAGCAGGCUUCUCACAAGUGUCUCUUUCACACGAGGUAAUGCCAAUGACAAGAAUGGUUCCUAGAGGCUUUACAGCGUGUGCAGAUGCUUAUUUGACGCCACACAUUAAAAAUUAUCUACAGACUUUCUCUUCGGGAUUUAAAGACAACUUGAAAGAUGUAAACGUAUUAUUCAUGCAGAGUGAUGGCGGAUUAACACCUAUGAAUUCUUUUAAUGGAUCACGUGCUAUACUUUCUGGACCAGCUGGUGGCGUCGUUGGGUACGCGAUGACGACUUAUGGAAAGGAGACUGAUCUACCAGUAAUCGGAUUCGACAUGGGCGGCACAUCUACUGAUGUAAGUCGAUACGGAGGAAGUUAUGAGCACGUUUACGAGAGCACUACGGCAGGCGUCGCUAUACAAGCUCCGCAGUUGGAUGUCAAUACAGUUGCGGCGGGAGGUGGGUCGAUGCUUUUCUUCAGGUCCGGUCUCUUCGAAGUCGGGCCUGAGAGCGCGGGAGCCCAUCCAGGACCGGCAUGUUACAAAAAAGGCGGUCCACUGACCGUAACGGACGCCAAUCUCGCACUAGGUCGCUUACUGCCCGAAUACUUCCCCCAAAUUUUUGGGCCCGAGGAAAACGAGCCGCUCGACGUAUCUCGUACGUUGAGUAUGUUCACAAAACUUACCUACGAGAUCAAUGAAUUUUUAAAGAAGGAUGAAGCAAUGUCGAUCGAUGAAGUGGCAAUGGGGUUUAUCAGAGUCGCGAAUGAGACCAUGUGCCGACCGAUUCGCGCUCUGACUCAGGCAAAGGGCUACGAUACUUCGCGUCACGUCCUGGCAUGUUUCGGCGGUGCCGGAGGACAACAUGCCUGUGCAAUCGCUCGAUCGUUGGGCAUAAGUACGGUUUUUGUCCACAAGUAUGCCGGCAUUUUGUCAGCUUACGGAAUGGCAUUGGCAGAUGUUGUUGAAGAGGCACAAGAACCAAGCGCCGAAACUUACAAUCGCGAAAACUUCGCCCGCUUGGAUGAUCGUUUGGACGCGAUGGAAGCCAAAGUCAGAAGUAGACUUCGCGCACAAGGAUUUGCUGAUUCUCAAAUAAAGACGGAACCAUUUUUACACUUACGUUAUGACGGCACUGAUUGCGCUUUAAUGUGCACCCCUGCAAAAGAAAAUUUAGCGAGCACCACAACUAGACACGGAGAUUUUCUCACUACUUUUCUAGAUAGGUAUAAGACAGAAUUUGGCUUUACGAUACCAGACCGCAAGAUUUUAGUCGAUGAUGUGAGAGUUCGAGGAAGUGGAAAAACUGAAAUUCCUGAGGAUCCUACAUUACCUCCUUCUCAAGCUUCGCCAAAAGCUGAAAAAACCACUAUGGUAUACUUCGAAGGUGGCUAUCAGGAAACAGAAGUCUAUCAGUUACCUUUGUUAUCCCCUGGAGAUAUUUUACGUGGUCCCGCCAUUAUUAUGGAUAGUUUGAGCACAUUAUUAGUGGAACCAGACUGUACUGCGGAAAUCACUUGUCGCGGUGAUGUGAAAAUCACGAUUGGGCAAGGUCGACGAACGAAAGUCACCACUGAUCUCGAUAGUAUUCAGCUCAGUAUCUUUUCGCAUCGUUUUAUGAGCAUUGCUGAACAAAUGGGUCGAGUACUUCAACGAACUUCGAUCUCCACUAACAUUAAAGAGCGAUUGGACUUUUCGUGCGCAAUUUUUGGCCCUGACGGCGGUCUUGUUUCAAAUGCACCUCAUAUCCCGGUGCAUCUGGGUGCGAUGCAAGAAACCGUGCAAUACCAGAUGAAAGCAUUUAAUGGAAAGUUCACCCCGGGAGACGUCAUUCUCGCUAAUCAUCCAUUAGCAGGCGGUUCCCAUCUUCCAGAUUUGACAGUCAUCACGCCAGUAUUUUACAGAGAUGUGCCUGCACCGGUAUUCUUCGUGGCCAGUCGUGGUCAUCAUGCUGAUAUCGGUGGUAUCACGCCGGGCUCUAUGCCACCUCAUUCAACGAGCUUGAGUCAAGAAGGCGCCGUCUUUAAAAGUUUUCUGCUAGUACAUAAGGGAGUAUUCAGAGAAAAAGAACUAACGGAUGCUUUGAUGGCCCCAGGCAAAAUACCGGGAAGUUCGGGGACCAGAAAUCUCUCGAACAACAUCAGUGACCUCAAAGCUCAGAUCGCAGCGAAUCAAAAAGGUUUUCAACUGGUAAACGAACUAAUUGAUAUAUACAGUCUCGAGGUAGUUCAAGCAUAUAUGGAUUAUAUUCAACGCAAUGCCGAAGUUGCCGUUCGAGAAAUGUUAAGAUCGAUAGGUACGAGAAUUAAAAUGCGAAGAGGAAAAGAAACCGAAAUCGAUGCCGUUGAUUACCUUGAUAACGGUAGUCCCAUCAAGUUACAUGUAAAUCUCGAUAUCAACAAGGGUGAAGCGGUUUUCGAUUUUAGUGGAACAGGUUGUGAAGUAUGGGGUAAUUGCAACGCGCCGCGUGCCAUAACUUUGUCUGCGGUAAUUUAUUGUUUGAGAUGUAUGGUGGGUCGUGACAUACCAUUAAAUCAGGGUUGUUUGAAGCCUGUGAAAAUAAUUAUCCCUGAGGGAUCGUUACUCGAUCCCUCGAAUGAUGCGGCGGUGGUGGGUGGCAAUGUCUUGACAUCGCAGCGUAUUGUUGACGUAAUCUUAGCAGCUUUCGAAAUUUGCGCGGCGUCACAGGGUUGUAUGAACAACGUAACUCUCGGCACUGAAGAAUGGGGUUACUAUGAGACAGUUGCCGGUGGCAGUGGAGCAGGAGCGACAUGGCACGGCAGAAGUGCCGUUCACACGCACAUGACCAACACGAGAAUCACAGAUCCAGAAAUACUCGAGCUUCGCUAUCCAAUUAUACUUAACCGCUUCUCUAUUCGACCUGGAAGUGGUGGUAAUGGAGCUUAUAUCGGUGGCGACGGUGCUGUGCGUGAAAUGAUAUUUAGAGCUCCGAUGACCUUAUCUGUAUUAACCGAGCGGAGAGUAUAUCAUCCACCUGGAUAUAAUGGUGGUGAGGAUGGAGCAUGUGGCUUAAAUAUUUUGGUGCGGGCUGAUGGCAGACGGAUCAAUUUAGGCCCAAAGGCUGCCGUUCCAGUUUAUGCGGGAGAUAAGUUCAUUAUGGAAACUCCUGGUGGUGGUGGUUAUGGUUCCGUUUACGAAGAGAAGCAAGAGAUUGAGAGAUCUUCAAUCUGUUCGAAAACUUAUGAUUCUCAACAUUUAAAAACAAAAUCUGCAUCAAAAUACAAAGAUUCAAAAUCUAACAGCAGUCUGCAUAGUUUUACAGAACGUGGAAGUGUAUUUGAGUACCGUAUGGCCCAGGAAUCGGUUUAAUAAAACUCACAAUUAUUGUCAUAAACGCGACAAAUUUUAGCAUAGAAAACGUAUAUCGGAAAAAACGAAUAAGUUACAAUAGUAGAUUUACGCUUCAAUGCAUAAAUUUUCUUUAAUAACAUUAUCUGUUUUAAAUCAAAUCAUAUUUGUUCAAAAUUAUAUCUUGUUUUUAGUUAUAUCAUUGCAAAAUUGUUAAGAAAUGUUAUUUACUGUUAUAUUU